AUGAGUUCGAUAGAAGAUAAACUUGAGUUUGAUCGUAAACACAUUUGGCAUCCAUAUACUUCGUUGACUAAACCAUUGACUUGUCACCAUGUUGAUUCUGCAGAUGGGGUUCACAUAAACUUGAGUUCUGGUGAAAAAUGUGUUGAUGGUAUGUCAUCUUGGUGGUGUGCAAUUCAUGGUUACUCAAAUUCAGAACUGAACAAGGCUGCUUUGGAACAAAUAGGUAAGAUGUCACAUGUUAUGUUUGGUGGAUUAACACAUGAUCCUGCCAUAAAACUAGUUGAAAAAUUAUUAAAACUUGUUGAUGAUAAAUUGGAUUGUUGCUUUUUAGCAGAUUCAGGUUCAGUUUCUGUUGAAGUUUCCCUCAAAAUGGCUAUCCAAUAUUGUCAUGCAAAUGGUCAGCCUCAAAAAGAUAGAUUCUUGACUAUAAGCAAUGGGUAUCAUGGUGAUACUUUUGGUGCAAUGUCGGUGUGUGACCCUAUAAAUUCGAUGCAUACUUUAUAUUCAGGUUAUAUGUCAGAUAAACAUAUUUUUGCACGAACACCACAGUGUAAGUUUAAUGAAGAAUGGGACCCUAAAGAUGUUGUGGAUUUUGAACAGAAACUCAUCAGUAACCAUAAAAAUAUAGCUGCUGUUAUAAUAGAACCGAUAUUACAAGGAGCAGGUGGAAUGAGAAUGUAUCACCCAAUGUAUUUAAAAAGAGUUAGACAGUUAUGUGAUGAAUAUGGUAUUCUUUUGAUUUUAGAUGAGAUUGCUACUGGUUUUGGCCGUACAGGUAAAUUGUUUGCAUAUGAACAUAGUGAUAUAGUGCCAGAUAUAUUGUUGGUUGGUAAAGCUUUAACUGGUGGUUAUAUGACACUCGCAGCAUUGACUUGUCAAAGAUUUGUUGCAGAAAUGAUUGGUAAUGACCCCAAAACAGGUGGAAGUAUGAUGCAUGGUCCUACGUUUAUGGGUAAUCCUUUAGCAUGCGCCGUUGCAAUCAAAUCACUGGAGUUGAUUGAAACUGGAGAAUGGAAGAAACAAUGUAAAUUUAUUGAAAGCAUACUCGGAACUGAAUUGAUGAGACUUGAGAAUUGCUCAAUUGUAAAGGAUAUAAGAAUAUUAGGAGCGGUAGGUGUAGUGGAAUUGAAUUUACCAGUUGAUAUGGGAUGGUUUCAAAAACUAUUUGUGACUAAACACAAUGUUUGGAUUCGUCCUUUCAAUAGGUUAGUUUAUAUUAUGCCACCGUACAUUAUUAAAGAGAAAGAGUUGUUACAACUGACCAACGCAGUUGUUGAUGUUGUACAAUGCUUUUCACAAAAGGUAUAA